AUGCAGCUGGCCAUUAGGCUAAAUUUUAGAGCUACUAAUAAUGAGGUGGAGUAUGAGGCGCUAUUGGCAGGGUUGCAAGCGGCUUGGCAUGUUAGCACCGCCUGGGUGGUCAUUUAUUCCGAUUCUCAGCAGAUAGCUCAACAAGUAGCGGGUAACUUUGAGGCUAACAGUGACAAGCUACAGUUAAAUAGGGAAGCAUAUGAGAAAAUGAAGGAGAGUUUCAAAGAAGUUAUAGUGACUAAGAUUCCUCGGGUCGAUAAUCCAAAACUUCCUAAUAGCACAGAUAGACUUACAGAACAAUAUAGAAGAGUCGAUCAACUAGAGAGCCCCAAUGAUCAUUUAUCUUCAGCAAGGCGUUCUACCUGCUGA